UUAUCUAAAACCUCCCAAAAACCUCCCUUCAUCAAAUGGCUUUAUCUACUCUUCAUCUUCCUCAUCCCCUGAUUGCAACUUCCCAGAAAAGUUCUGUACCCUUCAGAGCUUCAAAAUUUUUAUCGGUUAAUGGCGCGUUCACCAGUAGAAGAAGAGCUUCAUCCAUGUCUAUCUUGGCCAAAGCUGCUUCUUCUCCUUCCCUUUAUACGGCCACCACCGCACAAACCCAAGAACAAGAAGAUUAUUACAGUGGUGUCAACAUAGCCGAGGAUGUAACUCAGUUGAUUGGGACAACACCAAUGGUAUAUCUCAACAAAGUUACACAGGGUUGUGUUGCAAAUGUUGCUGCUAAACUUGAAUCCAUGGAACCUUGCCGUAGUGUCAAGGAUAGAAUUGGUUAUAGUAUGAUAUCUGAGGCUGAAGAAAGUGGAGCAAUUUCUCCUGGCAAGACUGUAUUAGUUGAACCAACUACCGGAAAUACAGGACUUGGUAUCGCAUUUGUUGCAGCUGCCAGGGGAUACAAACUUAUAGUCACCAUGCCUGCAUCCAUAAACAUUGAAAGAAGGAUACUUUUACGUGCAUUUGGAGCAGAAAUCGUUUUGACUGACCCAGAGAAAGGUCUAAAAGGAGCAGUUGAUAAAGCUGAAGAAAUUGUUCUGAACACACGAAAUGCCUACAUGUUUCAGCAGUUUGAUAAUAUGGCUAAUAUAAAGAUCCAUUUUGAUACUACAGGGCCAGAAAUAUGGGAAGAUACUCUGGGUUGUGUUGACAUAUUUGUUGCUGGAAUUGGAACUGGUGGUACUGUCACAGGGACUGGGCAAUUCUUGAAAAUGAUGAACAAAGAAAUCAGGGUAGUUGGUGUUGAACCUGCAGAAAGGAGUGUAAUAUCUGGAGAAAACCCAGGUUAUGUGCCAAGCAUCUUGGAUGUUCAAAUCCUUGAUGAGGUUAUCAAGGUUACCAAUGAUGAUGCUAUUGAAAUGGCAAGGAGAUUGGCUUGUGAAGAAGGGUUGCUGGUUGGAAUUUCAUCGGGAGCUGCAGCAGCUGCAGCAAUUAGCUUAGCAGGAAGGCCUGAGAAUGCUGGAAAACUUAUUUCGGUUAUAUUUCCAAGCUUUGGUGAGAGGUACAUCCCCACUGCUCUUUUUAAUUCCAUAUACGAAGAGGUCAAGGAUAUGCAAAUAAGUUAGGGUGAUUACAUUUCCUUCCAUUCAAGACGAUCAGGUUUUCCCAGAAGCGAGUUGCUUACAUCCAUAAAGUAUGGAUGUACAUGAUACAUAUAGGUAGGUAAGUGAUUAAAAUGAUAUUUUUCGACAAAUCCAUAGUCACCCUCCCUACACUAGUCAUUUAUCUUUUGUACGAGGUGCCAGUUUUCAUAUCACAGGUCGGAUUGCAUCUAGUUCUGAACUUUCUUCACAAAAAUUAGUUUUCAUGAGAUUUUGUGCUUAGUCAUUAGUUUAGGCAUUCAAUCUUUCUUGAUAAUUCUUUAAGCGACCCAAAUUCGGAGGUCAACUGCAAUAUGUUGUUUCAUUUGUAUAGUUAACCAAAGUCUAAGAAUUUGGUGUUCACUUGCAAAUUUAAAGAAUUUUGUUAGUUCAUAACA